AUGGGAGUGGGGAAUGAGUUAGAGAAAAGUGACCACACGCAUCACAGGUUCUGGAGAACCAGCAGAAACUAUGUAAAGAAGGUUUCCGCCAUCAAGUUGUCACUAGCAAAGGGCGCGACUAUCAACACGGCUCCCCGUACAGUUACUGGCCAGACCCAAGAGAGAUUAACCAAUUAUCCUCGUGAAGCUCACGUCAUUCACAAUUAUCAAUACAAGGAGGAGACUAAGACAAGUUCCAAACAGGUAGCCGUCAGCAGACACAGGCAGCCGUCAGAAGAGACAGGCAGCCGUCAGAAGACACAGACAGCCGUUAGAAGAGACAGGCAGCCGUCAGCAGACACAGGCAGCCGUCAGAAGAGACAGGCAGCCGUCAGAAGACACAGACAGCCGUCAGAAGAGACAGGCAGCCGUCAGAAGACACAGACAGCCGUUAGAAGACACAGGCAGCCGUCAGAAGAGACAGGCAGCCGUCAGAAGAGACAGGCAGCCGUCAGAAGAGACAGGCAGCCGUCAGAAGAGACAGGCAGCCGUCAGAAGACACAGGCAGCCGUCAGAAGACACAGACAGCCGUUAGAAGACACAGGCAGCCGUCAGAAGAGACAGGCAGCCGUCAGAAGACACAGACAGCCGUCAGAAGAGACAGGCAGCCGUCAGCAGACACAAGCAGCCGUCAGAAGAGACAGGCAGCCGUCAGAAGAGACAGGCAGCCGUCAGAAGAGACAGACAGCCGUCAGAAGACACAGAAGAGACAGGCAGCCGUCAGAAGAGACAGGCAGCCGUCAGCAGACACAAGCAGCCGUCAGAAGACACAGACAGCCGUCAGAAGAGACAGGUAGCCGUCAGAAGACACAGGCAGCCGUCAGAAGAGACAGGCAGCCGUCAGAAGAGAUAGGCAGCCGUCAGAAGAGACAGGUAGCCGUCAGAAGAGACAGGCAGCCGUCAGAAGACACAGGUAGCCGUCAGAAGACACAGGCAGCCGUCAGAAGAGAUAGGCAGCCGUCAGAAGAGACAGGCAGCCGUCAGCAGACACAAGCAGCCGUCAGAAGAGACAGGCAGCCGUCAGAAGAGACAGGCAGCCGUCAGAAGAGACAGGCAGCCGUCAGCAGACACAAGCAGCCGUCAGAAGACACAGACAGCCGUCAGAAGAGACAGGCAGCCGUCAGAAGAGACAGGCAGCCGUCAGAAGACACAGGCAGCCGUCAGAAGACACAGGCAGCCGUCAGAAGAGACAGGCAGCCGUCAGAAGAGACAGGUAGCCGUCAGAAGAGACAGGCAGCCGUCAGCAGACACAGGCAGCCGUCAGCAGAGACAGGCAGCCGUCAGAAGAGACAGGCAGCCGUCAGAAGAGACAGACAGCCGUCACGAGGCUAA